ACUGUCCUCUAUCCUCUACUGCUCCUGAUAUUGUAUCUUGCUAUAUAUCUUGCCAAAAUGCAGCUCUGGCAUUCUCUCCAGCUCUGUCUUCUCGCCGCUGCCAUUCCGGCACGCGCUGCUUCAGCAUGGGGCUACACUGAUGCCACCGUGUCAGUUCAGACCAAGGGCGCCGGCGUCGGGUCGGGCUUUAAGCAGGAAAUUCCCGAUAACAAACCCCUCGUGGCCCCCGUCUCCCUCGGAAGCUUGGAUACCCUCCGCGUGACGCUGACGGCCCAAGAAGGUCGAUCUCCGAAGCGGGCGCAUCAAGUCUUCCUCCUCAUCAAAGACCCCGAAACUGGCUUGGAUAUCUCAUACCCAUUCAAUGUGAAGGACAAUGGCAAGUCGAGGGUAGAUCUGACUCAAAAGGACCUCCCGAUUCAAUUCCUCUCCCUCCCCCAACCGGUCGACGCUCGUCUCCUCAUCGGAUCCUUUGGCGCCUCGGAAGCCUACAAUGAGCCCGCGUUCCAACUGUCGAUUACCCGCAACCCCGACGAACCAGUCCCGACGGUCGAGGUGUCGCGAUACGGCAAGCUGCCCGAGAUCCAUCACAUUUUCAAGGGGGACCCCAAGAACCCACCGAUUGCUGUUACACUUGGUUUCCUGGCUAUGACUCUGGCUGCUCUUCCGAUUCUCGCGGGUGUGUGGUUUUUCCUUGGUGUUAACCUCAACCAUCUCCAUACCGCACUCAAGUCCGCUCCCGUUCCUCAUGCUGUUUUCCUCGGAUCGUUGGUCUCGAUCGAAGGAAUCUUCUUCCUGUACUAUACCUCUUGGAACAUCUUCCAGAUGCUUCCUGCUGUUGCUGCGGCUGGCGCCGUUGCGUUCGUCAGUGGUAGUCGCGCAUUGGGUGAGGUUCAGGGCCGACGACUUGCAGGUCUUCGGUAGAUAGUACCUACUGGCCUAAUGUUCGACGUUGUCCCACUCUACAUGGUAUGCCAUGAACCUCUACGCAAUCAUGUGGAUUAGCCUUUCAGCCUUUUAGCGAAUGUAAAAGCAUUUUCAUGAAUA